UCGAAAUGUUGGAAAAGUGAACGACAAAAGACAAAGAUCUAUUUCUAUGUUUAUAGACCUGACAAGUAGAGUCUAGAUCUAGAUAUAAAUUUAACUUUUUUUUUCAAGAUCUUGGCUUUUUAAAAAAUAUCUAGACUCUAGAUCUAUUUGCUUUUAAAUAGGCCUCGAUCUUGAACUGGUCUAAAUCUAGGCCAUCAAUUUUGAUUUUAAAUGUAUUUUUUCCCACCGUUUUCCGGUAUAGCUUUUUAGAUCUUGCUAGAUUUACUGUGCUUCUCUAACAAUAUGGAAGUUACAGUUACUUCCUCGGAUUGCAGUUGAAUGCGGCUAGACUUGUUACAGAGGAUCAAAUGAUGUCAAACCAGCCUGGCAGCGGAGUAUCAUACAGUGCUAUUGACAGUGACAGUCGAUUGGAUAAUCCAAGUGUAACUGAGAAGGCUCCAUUCUCUCAACAUCAAGGUGAAGUCUCAGUGAAAACAUUUAUCGGCACGAAUUCACAAUGUGACGGAGACAUCGACCUGACUGUCCCGAGUAGCAAUAAGUCGGAUAACUGCACCAUGAACACAUCAAGUCCCAGCAAAUCUCUUACCAGCGUAGAUACCAGCAUACUGUCACCCCCUCAUCAUUGGAAUGGGACACAUCCAGCCACACAUUUCAAAAGCAAGUCACCAAAGAGCCAUUCAGUGAACACACUCUCCAUGGAUCUAACUGUCCCCAUGUUCUUUUCCCAUAAGGUCAUCUUCAUCACAGGAGCUACAGGCUUCAUAGGGAAAGUUUUAAUUGAAAAAUUACUGCGAAGUUGUCCUGACCUGGAAUGUGUGUAUUGUCUUAUCAGACCUAAAAACAAACAAACAAUUCAGGACAGAUUGGAUGAAAUUACUAAUUCUAAGCUGUUUGAUAGACUACGUAAAGAGCAGCCCAACUUUGCCAGCAAAUUGAAACCCAUUGGAGGUGACAUGGUCCUCCCAGAACUUGGCAUCUCCGAGUCAGAGCGUCAGAUGCUAGAGCAGAGUGUCCAUGUUGUUUUCCACAGUGCUGCCACUGUCAGGUUCGACGAGCCCUUGCGUGUGGCAGUGGAAAUGAAUGUCAUCGCCGUGCAGAAAAUGGUGAAGCUCUGUAAAAAGUUUGAACAUCUAAUGGCCUUUGUGCAUGUGUCUACUGCCUAUGCUAACUGUGAUAGACCCUACAUCGAGGAGCAGGUGUACCCACCUCCAGUAGAACCUCAGAAAAUUAUUGAUGUCCUUGAAUGGAUGGAUGAUGACAUGCUUGAGCUGUUUACCCCCAAACUGAUGGGAGACAAGCCAAACACAUACACCUACACCAAACAGUUGGCUGAACAUGUCCUCAUUACAGAAGGAGCUGGACUACCUCUUGCCAUCAUCCGGCCCUCCAUUGUUGGGGCAGCCUGGAAGGAACCAUUCCCUGGUUGGAUAGACAAUUACAAUGGUCCAAGUGGCAUCUAUAUUGCAGCAGGACGUGGAAUUCUACGCUCCAUGAAGGGUGAAUCCAGCGCCAUAGCUGAUAUUGUACCAGUUGACAUUCCUGUCAAUAUCAUGAUCACUGUGGCCUGGUAUACAGCUGUGGCCAGACCUAAGACUGUUCUUGUCUAUCAUGCUACCACUGGUGGUUCGAAUCCAUUCACUUGGGGAGACAUGAGUGGGAUUGUCAACAAGUCAUUUAAAGACACACCAUUGGAAGGAUGCUUCCGGCGCCCAAAUGUACAAAUAGUUAGCAACAGUUUUCUGCAUGACUACUGGACCUGUGUAAGUCACCUGUUCCCAGCAUACAUCUGUGACAUUGCUUUCCGGUUGAUGGGCAAGAAGCCAAGGAUGGUGAAGCUGUACAACCGUCUGCAUCGUUCCAUUGAAAGUUUAAAAUUCUUCACCAGCAACGAGUGGCAGUGGGCCAAUUCUAACCAUGAUAUGUUAAAACAUCAGUUGUGUCCUGCAGACUUGAAAACAUUCUACUUUGAUCCACUACCUCUUCACUGGCCUACGUACAUAGAGAAUUACUGCCUCGGUGCUAAGAAGUAUGUGUUAAAUGAGGACAUCUCGGGUCUACCGGCUGCACGAGCUCAUAUCAGAAAGCUGAGGAUCAUACGCUAUGUAUUCAACUCCACUGUGGCCGUCAUCCUUUGGCGUGUGCUCAUCGCUAAGUCGCAGUUUGCUCGCAACUUGUGGUUCUUCAUCGUAGGUCUGGUGUUUAAGUUUGUCCAAUACUUUAGAAUCACCAGCACCAUGCAGAAGUCUUGAGCUCGGCGUGAUUAGUCAUCAGCGUAAAGUUAUCCACAGCUGUAGGUCAUCGUCAUCAUCAGCUCAUUGGGAAAUAUUAGAACUGUUAAAAGGUUGCUCUGAUUAGGAACAUACUUGUCAUGUGUUAAUCUAAAGCUGAGGCAUUGGUAGGAGUUUUAUUUAUUUGUUGCUACAAGUCAAAACUAUUUGAUAGUUCGGCAGAGUUUGUUUGUUUUUAUAAAUAGUUUGAAGUUUUCACUUACUUGGUGUUGUAUGAGCUAUUAAAUAUUUAUCUAUUCUUUGGAAGUGAAGUUUUAGUAAGUGACCUUGACAUUUUCUAUACAGCUUUCUCUUUGUAAGCCAAGGCUGUUUUUUUCUUUUGUAGAAUAUCAUUAUGUAUUUUUCAAGAGGAAUUCAACAAGCAGCAACCUUUGAAAUUGUAAUGAAAUAAAGUUUUUAGUGUUUGUCCCUUCAAAUCAUCUUACAUCUUUAUUUUGUAUUUUAAAAAUUGAAAGAGAAAAAAGAUACACCUUUUAUAUAAUUGUUUCUCUCCCGAGGAAGUGUACCAAAUACAGAUGUUGUAAUAGAAAUCUAACAAAAGAUUUUUUGGUUUUCAAAAAAAUAAUUUCCAAAUUGUGAAUGUGUUUUUACUUUUACAAAGCUGUAAGUUCAAUCAUUUGUUGUCAUCCAAUCCAUUAGAAGUGCCAGAUGGGAUCUCUUGUCCUGUUCAUCUAAUGUUGAUCAUAUAUAUAUAUAUAUAAAUAUAUAUAUAUACCUUUCUGUUUCAAGAACCACUUUUUUUUUUUCCUGAAGGAGGUAGAGCAUGGACAUAGGAUAUCCCAUAAUGCAAUGAUGCCGCCUUCUGAUUGAGUAGCUGCAUUUUCUUGUCAUUGUGUUUUUUUUUUUUAUUAGCACUUAGCUGCUACCAUUGUUUUAUCAUUAUCAGCCAAAAAGUUAUAUCUCCUUUUGUUACAAAAAGUGUGGUCCUAGUGUGUGUGUGUGUGUGGACUGGUAUUUCAAAUUCAAAACAAAAUGUUUCCAGGAAAACUGGUGGAACACUGAAAUGCUCACACUGAGUUAAGGUAUUAAGAUUUGAACCCUGUGCAUUCAGUUUGCCAGUGGCACAUUUCCACACAUCCUCCCCCUCCCCCCCUUUUUUUAAUGACCAAUGUAUUUGUGUUUGAGCACAUGGCUGUUUGGUGUUGGGACACAUUUGGCAUGUGCUUCAAGCACAAGAUUGGCAUGUGCUUCAAGCACAAGAUUGGCAUGUGCUUCAAGCACAAGAUUGGCAUGUGCUUCAAGCUCAAGAUUGGCAUGUGCUUCAAGCACAAGAUUGGCAUGUGCUUCAAGCACAAGAUUGGCAUGUGCUUCAAGCUCAAGAUCCACCAAAGUAAAAAGUGACACAGCUUGACAACACCUGCCCAAUGAUUUUGGAGAGUUUUUGUGUCUUAUUUCUAAGCAUUUUCAAUUCUGGCCCUUUGUUUUUCUUCCCUUUGAAUCAAAGCUUGAAAAAAAAAAUGUUAAUGAAAUAAAAGGGACUGAGACUAGCAAGUCUUAAUUGAACAUUUCCAUGUGACUAGUUUUUGUCUCGCAAUACCACAGCUACAUAUGUCCAGUUGGGUGAGAUGAUGUGUUUUAUGUUAUUUAGCUGUGGUCAAUUCAAACUAAAGCUGUAUUCGUUUUGUGUUAUUUAGCUGUGGUCAAUUCAAACUAAAGCUGUAUUCGUUUUGUGUUAUUUAGCUGUGGUCAAUUCAAACUAAAGCUUUAUUCAAUUCUAGUUUUGUGUUAUUUAGCUGUGGUCAAUUCAAACUAAGGCUGUAUUCAAUUCCUGCUGUACCUAGAAAAUUAUAUUGGCUCAACAUUGUUUUCUGCAGCUUGUUUUUUUUUAAUUUAUUUUUUUUACCUUUUCAUUUUAUGUGUUACAAUUAGCCUUGUAUUAUUGAUAGGCAUAGUCAACACAGAUCUAGUUUUGCUUUAGGCCACACAUAUAUGAUAUAUUUACCAGUAUAUAAUUUGACUAUUGUAUUGACUUUAAAUUUUGUAUUCCUUGUUUUAAAAUAAACAUUUUGAACUGUGUACUUUGGAUUUGUUCAACAUUUGAAUUCAACACUGAAACUUGGCGAUGCUAGACUAGUUUGCUUUUACAGUUGGAAGUAUUUGGACUUUCUGGUCUGUUUCAACCAAUGUAUAUGUAUAUAUCUGUGUGUGCUGAUCAACUCCAAUGAAAGCUGCAAUAGUUUCUGUUAUGCAAUGGCACACUUUUGUUUGUUUGUUUGGGUAUAACAAUGAAUGUGACUGUCAUUCCACAUGUAUGCUCUCUCUCUCUCUCUUUCUCAUAGAAACAAAAUAAACUUUCAGUAUCAUA